CACAACCCCCCCCCAAAAUGGCUGGUGUCAGGAUUCUUUAUCAUGGCUUUCCUGAUGGGUCCUCAGGAAUCCUGGGUUAUCAAAGAGGACCAUGUGAUCAUCCAGGCUGAGUUCUAUCUGACCCCUGACCAAUCAGGCGAGUUUAUGUUUGACUUCGAUGGUGAUGAGAUUUUCCACGUGGAUAUGGAAAAGAAGGAGACAGUGUGGCAGCUGGAAGAUUUGGAGCUUGCCAGCUUUGAGGCACAGGGUGCCUUGGCUAACAUAGCUGUGGACAAAGCUAACCUAGACAUCAUGAUAAAGUGCUCCAACCACACUGCAAACACCAACGUACCUCCAGAGGUGACUGUGCUCUCAAACACCCCUGUGGAACUGGGAGAGCCCAACACCCUCAUCUGCUUCAUCGACAAGUUCUCCCCACCAGUGAUCAAUGUCACGUGGCUUCGAAAUGGAAACCCUGUCACCACAGGAGUGUCUGAGACAGUCUUCCUGCCCAGGGAAGACCACCUUUUCCGCAAGUUCCACUAUCUCCCCUUCCUGCCCUCAGCCAACGAUGUCUAUGACUGCAAGGUGGAGCACUGGGGUUUGGAGGAGCCUCUUCUCAAACACUGGGAGUUUGAACCACCAACCCCUCUCCCAGAGACACCUGAGAAUGUGGUGUGUGCCCUGAGCCUGGUUGUGGGUUUGGUGGGUAUCAUUGUCGGGACCAUCUUCAUCAUCAAGGGCUUGCACAAGACCAAUGCUGGUGAAUGCCGAGGGCCUCUGUGAAGCACUACAGGCAAUGGAGUUUCCUAAAGAAAUCAGUGAAGAAAUUUGUGCUUCAAAAACUUUAUAAACCUGGCAGUACUCCAACCAUUCACCUCUCUGAAGAUAACCAUUCUUCCACAUUUUUCAGACCUUUCAAUAGUCUAAAAAUAAUAAUGUCCUCCUGAUCUGUCCAGAUUCUGUUAUUUAGUCAUUCCUUGUUUGUUGUCCCUCCUUGGGACUGUUUUCCUCCGUUUUUAUAUCACCAUGCAGUGUGUCUGGAAUAGACCUCAUUGGAUUUUUCUCUGCUAUGGAACCUUAUAAAUGUUCAACACAGACAUCCCUUCUACACUUAUUGCUUGGGUUUCUUCAAAUUGUGAUUGUGAUUUUUUGAACACAAUAAACUAUUGGAUGAGUCUGAGAUGAA